CUCACUCCUUAAACGGGAUUCCGGCUGGGCGAGCUGCGGGACGGCAUCACCGGGCAUCCCGCGGCUGCGGAGCCCCGGCUGGGUCUGUCAGGUCCCCGCUGUCCCUCCCCGCACACACACGCUCAGCCCGACCCGGAAAGCAGGAAAAAAAUCAUUUACAAGGUUUCCCCCCUUUUCCUUAGCUCCUUGCCCGUGGCUCCCGAGUGGAAAAAGUCGUCCCUGGAACGAAUCGGGGGUGUGUGUGGGAGUUUGGUAAAAAGCCGGUGGCGGAGAGUCGCUCGGUGGGGAGAGCCCCUGAGGCAGCGCACAGCCCCCACCCGCCCCGGGGGGGGAUGAGUUAGAGGCCGGCGGCGGAGCGCCCGGCCGGGCGCCGUGGCCGCGGAGGGCAUGAGGCGGCGAGCGGCGGGGAUGGGCGCCAGCGCACGGUGCUAGAGCCCCGGCGGCAGCCAAGGUCUGAGUGGACGAUAGCCUAUACGAUACGGAGGGAUCUAGUUUUCAAAAUGGAAUUGCAGCUCGCGCUCCUUUUGGCAGGGAUAAUCGCCUUUUCGGACUCGGCGAGAGGGCCCCCAAGGAUUGCUGAUAAAGUGAUUCACCGCCAGUCCGUGCGCCUUGGCAGGACCAUCAAGCUCCUAUGCCCAGUGGAGGGUGACCCCCCACCUCUCACCAUGUGGAUGAAGGACGGACGGACCAUCCACAGCGGCUGGACGAGGUUCCGGAUCCUUCAACAAGGGUUGAAAAUCAAGGAGGUGGAAAGCGAAGAUGCGGGAACCUACAUUUGCAAAGCCACCAAUGGCUUUGGGAGCACCAAUGUGAACUACACCCUCAUCGUGAUUGAUGAUGCCAGCUCAGGAAAGGAUAGCCAGGUGCCUGAAGGCUCCAAUGGAGAAUAUGAAGAUCAUUCUGGGAAGCAAUGGGCCCGGCCCAGGUUCACGCAGCCUGCCAAGAUGAGACGGAGAGUGAUCGCCCGUCCUGUCGGCAGCUCCAUCCGCCUGAAGUGCGUGGCCAGUGGGAACCCACGGCCUGACAUCACGUGGCUGAAGGACAACAAGCCCCUCACACCCCAAGAGAUUGGGGAGAACAAGAAGAAGAAGUGGACAUUGAACUUGAAGAACCUGAAGCCAGAGGACAGUGGGAAAUACACCUGCCGAGUGUUUAACAAAGUUGGAGAAAUCAAUGCCACAUACAAAGUUGAAGUAAUCCAGAGGACGAGGUCCAAGCCCAUCCUGACAGGGACUCACCCCGUCAACACGACGGUGGACUAUGGUGGGACCACUUCCUUCCAGUGCAAAGUCCGCAGCGAUGUCAAACCUGUCAUCCAGUGGCUGAAGAGGGUGGAGUAUGGCACAGAGAGCAAGUACAACUCAACCAUCGACGUGGGGGGACAGAAGUUUGUUGUGCUGCCCACAGGGGAGGUCUGGUCCCGCCCUGAUGGUUCCUACCUGAACAAACUGAUGAUUACCCGAGCCAAGGAAGAGGAUGCAGGGAUGUACAUUUGCCUGGGGGCAAACACCAUGGGCUACAGCUUCCGCAGCGCUUUUCUCACAGUCCUGCCAGAUCCCAAACCUCCGAGUGCACCUGUGCCCCCUUCCUCGGCCAGCAGCCUGCCCUGGCCCGUGAUCAUCGGCAUCCCUGCCGGAGCUGUCUUCAUCUUUGGGACAAUACUACUGUGGCUUUGCCAGACCAAGAAGAAGCCCUGCUCCCCUCCAGCUGCUCCCCCUGUGCACCGGCCGCAGCCCCGGGACAGGAUCUGCGUCUCCCAGGUCCCCGACAAAGACUGCAUCUCCUCCAUAAACUAUGAGGAAUAUGUCGCCCAACAGCAGCAUUUACUGUCCCAAGGGCCUGCACUCGCCCCAGCCAUGGCAUCCAAAAUGUACCCAAAGAUUUACACGGACAUCCACACCCACACCCACUCGCACGUGGAAGGCAAAGUCCAUCAGCACCAGCACAUUCAGUACCAGUGCUAAGCGGACGGCCGUGUACAGUAGCUCAUUUGGGCUUUUCCCCGUGGUACCUCAGAAGAGACUGCUCCAAGUCAGCUCACACUGCCAGCAACAGGCAAAGCAGACAGAAAAUAUUAUAUAUAUAUAAUUUUAAAUAUAUAUAUAUACAUAUAUAUAGAAUUGUAUAUGCGUGUGUAUGUGUGUAUAUAUAUAUGUGUAUAUAUCUAUAUCGAUCUAUAUAAAUAUAUAUAUAAUAGAGAAAGACAGAGAGAGAAAACAGAUUUUUGUUUUAAUUAUUGCAAUGAGGAUGUAGCCAAGGAAUAAUGAAGGAACUCCAAAUCUCAGCAGAGAGGCAGCCAUCUCCAACAGAGAAGCCUUCCCAGAUUCUUUAAUGGAGGUGAGACAGGACACAGGGAUGUGAACCACAGCCUCCUUCCUUGUGUUGCUAAACAGAGCAAGAGGUGAGCAUGGUCCUUUUCUGGGUGAGCACUGCUGUUCCUGUGCUUGCUGCACAUCACUUGUUUUGAUGAGAAGCCCCCUGACCUGUCCUGCUCUGAGUAACUCGAGCUCUAAAGUACCUGAAGUUUAGUGCCACGGCACUAGGAGACAUAACCAAUCCACCUCUUCCAGGGGAAAAAUACAUCACAAAAGGGGCUGGGAAAACUAAUUUCCAUUCACAACGUGAAGUGCUGAAUGCUUCUCAGUCACGAUCAUUUGAUCUGAAGCAUUGACUAAGCUGGUUGGUUUGAUUUCUGCAAGUUGAAGGCAUCACGUUUCCCAGGGGGUCUUCUGCAGAUCCAACUGCAAGUGCUCCGCUCCCCCUGUCCAAGGACUCAGUGACACUGCCAGGAAAAAAGGAAAGAAGGAAAGAGGAACAUUGUACAGAACACCUUUAUAUUUAUAUUUAAGAAAUAAUAAUAAUUAAUAAUAAUAAUAAUUGAACUGCUGAUGGUGAAGAAAGCAAAGCACGCUGCCCUUCUCUGAUGGCUCACAGUGACAAGCUACUGGAUUUUCUACAUCAAUGCAAAACACACGAAAACAUUAGAAAGGAAAGAGUAAGAAAUGAAGUGAAUGAAAUAAUAAUCUUGUAGGAAAAAAAGCAUUUGAGAAAUGUUCACCUAAGUUGUGUGUGAUUGCCCCCUCCCCUCAGAUAACGUUUUGGAAGUGAUACAGUUUCCUUGCAGUUCAAACAACAGUGAAAACACAAAGAAGAGAAAAUAAGUAAGGACCAUGUUAUAUACCUAUAUGGACUGGAAAUGAAUCCAAUUGCAAAUAUAAAAACCUUUGUAAUUCUAUAUAGAGUUUAAACAGAAGUCAUGUAUAUUUAAUUUAUUUUGUUAAACAAGAAAAAAGUGUAUGAUAUUUUCCUCGAAACAGGCGUUUCUAUACGUAUUUUUGAUCAAAGAAAAUAAAGAUUUCUUUUUUUUUCAGGUUCUGUAGCUCCAUGCUCAGCAUAUGCUCAAAUGUAGCAUUUGACCAACUGUACCUCUCCUAACCUCGAGGUAUCUUUCUCUAUGCCUUUUUAUACUCACCACAUGUAAUCUCCUAACAUCAUCUCAGGUCCUGCUGGUGCCAUCCUUUCCAUCAGAAGCUGACCUUUCCCACUGCUUAUAUUCUGGCUGUGAGGGUCUGAAGUGCCCAGAUCCCUUCUCUUGCUCCCCUUCUUACCUUGAGCAGCAAAGUUCUCUACUCACAGGGAAAUCUAUUUCACUAUGCAUUUUUGGUGGGUGGAGAGAAUGAGAUUACAGAUGAUUUUUAAGCACAAAACUGCAGUGGGUUUUCUUUUUAAAAGAAAACUUUGUAAAUCAAAUCACAAUAAUUUGUGAGCCUCAGCAUGCUGGGGAGGGCAAAAUAUGAAAUGUAGGUGUAUAUGUAAUUUGUAAAUACAGCUUCUGAGGGAGACAGUGGAUGGUGAGUUGGGUGCAGCAAGGAGAACACAUGGGGCUCACACCUUCAUUUGACUGCGUGCUACAGAGGGACACCCAACCCUUCAGUGGCCAAAAUGUUCAUUAGAGGAGGCAGGGUCAACAAUGCUGCAACUGUUUGCUGUUCACUUGAGUUUCACUGAAAAGUUUGCUGGCAAAAAAAUCCUGAAAAUUUGAAACAUGCCAAUAAGUUGGAAGUUCCUUCUCAAGUCCAUUCUGCAAAAGAGGUCUUCAACAAACCAGCUGCUCCAUUUAAAAGUGAAACACUUGAUUUAACCUGAAACAAAACAGUGCUUUAGGCUUUGCUUUUCUCUGAAUGCUUCUGAAGUUAUUUGCUCUGAGUUGACCUGCAGUGGGUUUUUCUGCUGGCUUGUUUGAAUCACCAGCAAAUCAAACAAUUCCCUGUUUACUCAGCCAUAGCGCUGUGAGAUGGGGCCCCAAGUCAUUGAAGUACAUCGGCUCCUGCUUUCCCUUACCCAUGUAAGCUGCUGCAAGGAGCCCCUUUUUUGCCUUAGCCACCUGAAUCAGUGACUCAGUUCCUGCCUCCUGUGCUGAUGCUGCCAUCCAGCAGCUCUGAGGACUGUGAGGGUGAGGGAGCAGUUGCACAGGCUGCCCAGGAAGGGUGUGGAGUCUCCUUCCUUGGAGGUCUUCAAGACCCACCUGGACACAUUCCUAUGUGACCUGAUCUAGGUUGACCUGCUUCUGCAGGGGGGUCAGACUAGAUGAUCUCUAAAGGUCCCUUCCAACCCUACCAUUCUAUGAUUCUAUGAAGAGGAGGAGGAGGAGAAAGUAGAAGAGGGUCCCUUCCUACUCACAUGGAGUUUACCACCUGGCACUGUUGCAAUACAGCACUGCAAAGCAUGCUCUGAUGCUUUCCUGUAUGCUGUAACAGGAAAUCCAUGUUAUCACCACAUAAAGACCAUCCCCUCACGAUGGUGUUUCUAUAGAGAUUAUAUAAAGCAACCCAUUGCUAAUGAUUACUUUUUUUUUUCAGCAGAGGGGUUGUGUUACACUUUGUUAAGACAAAUUUAAGUCCAUAAAAGUCCAUAAAAGCUAAAUUCAGGAGGUGUCUGUUUAGAUAUAAGGCAUGAUUUAAGCUGGAAUUCUUAAUGGUUGUUGUUUACUGAGUCAUUUCAUUAGAAAAAAUCCCCAGCCAACUAAAAAGCCUUUAUACAUUAAAUGCACCACUUUUAUUUUAAGAAGGCAUUAGGUGGAUGUUUCUAUGAGGGAUACUAAGGGCUAUGUCUCAUCUCACACCUAUGGGAAGCUCCUUACUGUGCCAUGGUACGUCCUGAGCUACCACAGGUUUCAGCAGCACUUGGGGCAUGGCAGAGGGCAGGACUCACCUGUAAGCCCAUGGCCCUUCUCUGCCCUCUGCAGAGUGCUGAAGCAAGGGGACACUUCAACGUAUGCUGUGUGAGCAAUACUGAUACUAGCUUCAAAGGUGGAUGGUUCAACUUUAAACAAACUCAGAGAGACCUCUCUUAACAGCACUUUUUUUUGACUGGCAGCUACAUCACCAACCCUCAGUGUGUUAGUGGAUUAAAAGAAGCAAUCACGCUUUUCCCGUGCAGCACCAUCUUCCAAGUUGAGCCUAACACUCUCCCCAUGUGCCUUCUACCCUUUACAAUCCAGCUCCAAAGUGCUGCAUGAUGCAGCCAAAAACUUCACAUAUUGCUAGAUGGCUCAGGAGGAACUAGUGGCUUCUUCCUGCCCUUUAAAGCUCCUGCCUUUAGAGACAAACCUCUAGUGAUGCUGAUAGAUCUCCAAAGGCCGCAUGCAGCUGGAGCCCUCAGCCACGGUACUGAGACAACAGCUCUGGUUUUGGACGUGCCAUUUGGGAUGCUAUAAAGGUCGUGACUUCCAGAGCACAUCAGGUUUUCAUUGUGCCUUGGGUAUCAGCUCCCUUUUCAUAAUCUUCCAACUUGGUGCGAAAUUUCCCCCUGGGAAAUACCAUGGUAUGCCCUGUUAAAGAGAGACUGUGUAUAUUGUCUGGGCUUGAGUGGGUUUUGCAUUUUUGAGGAAUGAUUUUGCCUCCACAGAGUACCUGUAAAUGCUCUUAAGAGUCACUCUGUCCCAUGCCCUACUGCAUGCCAUUUAUUUUUAGGGCUUGAUUGUGCCUUGCAUGUGUUGCAAAGUCUUCCUUAGUCUAAAUAAAUUCAGCAAGGCCCUUCUUAUGCUUGAAUUUGUUUUUCUUCAAAGGCAAGUUUUGGACUCACUUUUUCUCAUGAAUAGAGGAUAUUUAAAGAAAGCUAUAAUCAUGCCAUUAGCUAUGGACCCUAUUUUGACUACAAAAGUGUUUUAUUUUAUAUAUAUGUCUCCAUAUACAUAUAAGCAUGUAGAUGUACAUGCUAAGCUGUGAUACAGAGGGCAGUUGUACUUUUAAAGCCACGAGGCUUCAAAGAUCAGAGGAAUUGGAGGCUUAAAAUUCACCAUCUUUGUUUAUUUGCAUUACAGAUCAAACACAGCCUUACAUGCCAAUUUGUGUGUGGCACUUUUAAACUUUGUAUGGACAACCUUUGUGUCGUCAGCCCCUUUCAUACUGAAAACUUCUAUCAGACAUUGGAAGUAAAAACUGUGAUGUGAUUUUUAAACGGUGGGAAAUAUGGAAACCGAACACAUCAAAAUGAGACAGGAUGGCAGAGCAUGGCUGUGGCUGUGUAAUAGAAGUGAAAGAAGAAAAGGAAUAAAAGCCUGGAAUGUUCUUAAUGGACAUUGGGGUGCUGUAAAGUUACAACAUUUUGAAUGCUUUGGAAAAAGUUUCUGGUUUUUUAGUGGAAAAGGGACUAUUUUUGAUCUCUUCACCUCUAGAGCCAGACGCUGUAGUUGCACCAGGAGCCAAACUGCAAUUAGCAAGAUGAAAUUUUGGGGUCCCUGGAGCUUAUGGCUAAACUCCAGUCCCUGAAAUGAAGCAGGGAUUUCAAGGUCAAGCCCAGUACCCCCACCCCUUUGAGGCAAACAUGUGAGUGCCUCACUCCUCACUCCAGAGGCAGCAAACAUCCAAGUUGUGGCAGUUCAGGAAAGCUGGCCCUCACCCAAAAUUCAUCUUGACCUGACCUGGACCUCAGACCCAAAGAGCUUUAUGCAAAAAUUGUACACUUGGGGUGGGAAAGAGGAAAUAUUUCUCUGACAGCUCCAUUUCUGUGGCUGUCUGAAACUCUUCUGAGGUUUGAAAUACUGAAUUAAAGCCCCAGGGAGAUGUAGAAGUGAGCAAAAACUGGGAGGCGGUCAAAGGUUAAUGGGGAAUUUAUCAUGGCUUUCCUAUCUGGGCAUCACCUCUGUCUACAGGGGGUAUGUUGAGUGUGCCCAGGACUCCAAAUUACCUAAGCUGAUGAUUAUUUCACAUACAGAGCCCGUUCCAGCUCCUGCCGAUACCAGUGGGAAAAAAAUCCCUGCAAUGUCCAUUGGGAAAUCAAUCGGCUGCAUGGAGUCAUUGCACAGUUUGUACAUUUUUGCUCUGUCUGGCCCAUUGGCAGAGAAAGAUGUGAUGGGAGUUAAUGGCCAGAGAAAGAAGCCAGACCCAUUUCAAUGAGAAAUGCAAACAUUUUGGAAGCAGCUAUCCAAGGAAGGCACAGACACUGCCUCUCUCAAAAUCAUCAAAACAAGGCUGAGCACUUUGUGGACUGGGUGUUUUUGUUGGAUGCAAGAUUUCGUGAAUAUUGGGACAAAGGGAUCCAUCUAGUCCAGAUGAAGUCAUCUAGUAGUCCCUUCUGGCCCUAAAGAAAUAUAGUUGAACUGCUGAGAAAAGGAGAUGCAAAGGCAGGUCUCCUGCUCCCUGCCAUAGCUGCACAUGUGCACCACAGACCUUACAGCAACAUUUGGCACAUGGCAGCCUGGCUCAGGCUGCACACCCAGCUCUGCUUUCCUCCAGAGUGUAAGUAUGUGAUAUCAGCACUUUCCAGCUUGUUACUACAGUAAUGACAUUAUUUAUAUAAACUGGGGCUGUGCAUUGACAUUUACUGUGUCUGCAAGAAAGCCCUUGUGUCAACAGCAGUGCAGCCCUGAGUGUGCAUACUCACCUCCUCUCCACCAUCAGCUGUUUAGAAAAUCUUACUGGACUCACUGCAUUGAGUGUCAUGGACCAACCAUCUACGUGUGAAUUUGCAUGUAAACACAUGUGGUUGAUGGCCUGUUCACUUGGAUAAGCUCCUUACUGGUGUAAGACACUGUCCCAGGCUGCUGAGGAGGGUGGUGGAGACCCCAGGCCUGGAGAUAUUGCAAAGCCGUGUAGCUGAGGUGCUGAGGGACAUGGGUUAGUGGUGGGUUUGGCAGUGUGAGGGUUAUCAUUGGACUCAAUGACCUUAAGGGUCUUUUUCAACCACAACAAUUCUACAAGUCUCUUCAAUUCCCUCUUUUGCCAUAUAUGGGAGGCAGCCAGGACCCUGCCCUGCCCUCGCCCUGGGGUGGACACAGCUCCCCAUGGCACACUCAUUCAACAUGAGGGGUUAUGUCUUGGGUUGUACAGUUUAGCCAAAGUGAGCCUGCUGGUAUGGGAUUCCAAGGAGUGUUAGACCCACAGAGAGACCACUCGUGCCUUUGUGGAUUGAUGGAUGGUAGUUAUAGUGAGUAGCACGGUCACAAAAACUUUGUGAGACGGUUUUCACCUAUAGAUUCCAUCAACAAUUUCAUAGAGGAGGAAGUGAAGCUUAAAAGUGCUGGCAAGGGUUAGAGUGUGUCAUCCAAUGUGCUGGGAUUGCUCUCAAGCCACCUGCCAGGUCAGUUCUGCAUUCUGGAUCAGUCAGAAAAUGCCAAUAAUUAGGAAGCAGUAGGUAUUUCAGACUUUCUCAUGAACUUAUCUUACCACCAAAGCAUUUCUUGGGCCAAGAUUCUCGGCUUUGAAAAGUUUACUACAAAAGUUAAAAAAUACACCCACCAAAAAUGUGAAUCACUGUAGUUGAAAGCAGGAUGUAAUGGCUGAGACAACCAUAUAAGUGCUGGUAUUGCAUUGACUCUGAAGUGACACGUACUUACUGUCUAUGGAGUCUGGAGGAAAGAGGACCCACUGUAUGUUUUCUGUUUAGCCAAGUCAUCUUAGUGUGUGUUGACUGGUUUCAGGUCUCUGAGAGCAAUGGAGCAAUGGAUACAUGGAGCUAUGACCUUUGUUCAUCCUUAUUGUGGCUUGCCUUCCUUCCUUCCUUCCUUCCUUCCUUCCUUCCUUCCUUCCUUCCUCUUUUCCCUUUAGCCAAUCUAUUGUAAUUAGGAUUUAACAUACCCCCAAUAUAUGUGGAAAUCAGCAAAGCAAUGAAUAUUGUUUUUUCCCCCCCAUUUUCGCUCACCAAAUCCAGUCCAAAGUGCUAUUUCUAUCCCAGCUGAUCUAUGCUUUAGUGAGAGCAGUAAUAAAUUAUGCUUUACACCAGCCUUCAAAAUGCCUUUUUCCCUUUGAUCUGAGUAAUUAAAGUCAAGCUGCUGUUCCUGAGUGUUUUCUGAUGGAAUUACACGAGUUACACAGCUCUUCAUUUGUAUGUUAUUAAGCACCAUGUUUUAUUGCUGCUGUUCAAACAAUUAGUACCUAAAUAUGCCCCAUAUUCUCAUAAAGAGGCAGUAGCAGUGUUAAUGUUAAUGCCCUCCUUAACAGUUUGUUUCCAUCCAGAGUCCACCGUCGCGCUCGAAUGCCAUUUAAUAUCAAUCAGAUCCUUACCAAUGCCCUUCUGAAGCUGUUCUGCAAUCGUUUCACCACGCAGCGAAGUGAGGACAAGUCAAACAAUAAAGUUAAGCAAAAAUGUCAUUUCUCUUAACACAGGAAUAUUUUUUUGUUAAGUUCAUUGCAAGUUUUGGUUAUAAAAAGGCCAGUGCUUCACGGUGAUCGCUCAUUUUGACGUUUUUAUGGUGUUUUUAUUACCCCUGGCUCAUUUCCAUCCUAAAGAGAACAUUUGUAACAAUACUUGCUCUCUCUGUUAUGAUUAGGAUUGUGCUUUUGCCGCGCUUUGUUCGGCUGUUGCUGCACUCAGUAAUGCUCUUGGCACACGUCCUCCAAGACCCUGCGGUGUGUUUAUUCAGAAGGAAGGAAAAAGAAGUGUCUACUAAAACAAUAAACUACUACUUCUUGCGUUAACAUGGCCAUAACUUCCUUGUUCUGCAGACAAUCAGUUAGCAAAGCUGUUAGGUAAACUUGCUCCUUCACUGUUGAAAAAAUAAAUAUUCAUGAAGCUUACAGCUGCUUUUUCCUAUGCUUUAUUAUCAGGUUGAAAAUGGUCAAGGAUUUUAAGGGUAAUGAUUUAAUUG